CAUGCUUUCAUGGGCUGCUUGGAGUAUGGCCCACUAGGGAACUGGCAGGUGGGCCCCUUCCCACCAGAGUUCAACAAUCUUCCAUCCUAAUGAGGGUAGUAAAGUACAGAUAAAGGAGACUGAAGCUCUUCUGCAAGAACCAGAAAAACCACUUUGGUCAGCAUUAUGUUUGCCCACGACAAGGUAAGGAAGUUGAAUCUUUACCACACUCAAUCAUUACUGCUGCUGCUCUGAUUUGAUUUCCUGUGGAUUUACUGUGGCCAUCUAGUGGCUUCAGGAAUAUGGUGAUAUUACCUAGGGAAGGCACUUAAUGCAGAAAACAUGUUACAUUCAGAAGAAGGGAAUAAGAAGAAUGAAAUAUACGGAUGUGCUACUUAAAGAUGACGAGAGGUUCUCCUCAAAGAGGUUCUCCUUCCUUAGGUCAUGGUGGAAGAAAUAUGGAUACCAACACCAAGCUGAUCCUCAGCACUGUUCUUGCCAGCUUUUUCACCUUUCAGCUUCUUUUCCACUUUAUAAGUUAUUGGUUUUCAGCAAAAGUUUCUCCAGGUUUUAAUAGUCUCAGCUCUGAAAAGAAGAUUGAAUGGAACUCAAGGGUGGUAUCUACAUGCCAUUCUUUGGUGGUUGGGGUUUUUGGCCUCUACAUUUUCUUUUUUGAUGAGGCUCUAAAAGCUGAUCCACUUUGGGGUGAUUCAUCGGUUGUGAAAGUGAAUAUCUCUAUUGCUUCAGGCUACCUCGUUUCUGAUUUGUUGAUUCUCAUUUUGUAUUGGAAAGUGAUUGGUGACAAAUACUUUAUAAUCCAUCAUUGCACAGCGCUGUUCGCAUACUCCAUUGUACUGAAGGAGGGAGUGCUGGGAUACAUUGGGAAUUUUCGCCUGCUUGCAGAACUUUCCAGCCCUUUUGUGAAUCAACGGUGGUUCUUUGAAGCUCUGAAGUAUCCUAAGUUUUCCAAGGCUAAUGUCAUCAAUGGAAUACUCAUGACAGUGGUGUUCUUCAUCGUGCGGAUUGUCUCGAUGCCUCCUUUUUAUAGCUUCAUUUAUUCUGUGUAUGGAACAGAAGCCUACAUAAGGCUUGGAUUUUUUAUCCAGUGUUCCUGGAUCUCUACUUGUGUUGUUUUGGAUGUGAUGAAUGUCAUGUGGAUGAUCAAAAUUACAAAGGGUUGCAUCAAAGUCAUCUCUCUCAUCAGACAAGAGAAAGCCAAAAAGAGUCUUCAGAAUGGAAAACUUGACUAAAAGUGGGCUAUUGAUAAGCAUACUUUAUUACUGCCCACAUUACAUCUACUGAUAGGAUGAA